AUGAAGCAAACCCUCGAGACCUUGGGACUUGAAAGUCUCGAGGGAAUUUCUCUCGCUCGACUUUCCCGCUCCAUAAGGGAGAACCUGCCGGCCGAUGUGGACAAGGGGCAGGUUUUGGACAUUUAUAUCAUGUGGCUUUAUCCUCGCCUCAUGGCUCUUGAUCUGUCAGCCAAAGCAUAUCUCGGCCUCGAGGUCUUUAACAUGUACAUGUUUCUAAAGGCCUUGCCCGACGACGAUGGCCAGCUCGCCGAGGCCUUCAACGACUGGCAACGCGGUCAGGCUGUGGAAAACUCGGCUAGCUCGAGGAAGCUUAGUAUCGCGGCGGCCGAGUUCCACAGGCUGGUGCCCGCUUCGCAGGAAUCUUCAGAACGUAGGAUGGAUUCCUCAAAUUCCGAGGAUCGCUUCGGUCAAAUGCACCCUGACAGGGCCAAGCUAUCCCAAGGAGCCCCCAUUGUCGUCGAACUAGAUGAUGGCGACGACGAUGAGGUUGUUAUCAUCUCCUCCAAUUUUGUGCGGGAAGGCCGCAGCUCAGCCAGGGACCAUGACCGUAUUGCGCAACCUGGCUUGUCCUUCUUGACUGGACCUAACAAGCUGCCCAUGAACGGCAGAAGUAUGGCCACUCACAACAUAGACUCAGAGGAUUCUGGGGUCUUGAAGUUUCAACGCGAGCCAGUAUCGGAGCCCAAAUAUGAGCUGGUGUCGAAGUCCGCCACGUCUGCCAGUCCACUAGGACGCAAGCUAGCCGACGCUCCCCAAAGGCCACACGAGGAUUAUGUGUGUGCCCGUUGCAUGAUGAAGGGCGAUCACUGUUUUAGGGACUGCCCAGUCCUUGAUCCCGCGUUUGAUACGAAGCCACCAGAGUCAUAUAUUUGCCGCCUUUGCAAGAGGAGGGGCGAGCAUCAUGUUUCGGUGUGCCCCCGGAACAAGAAUCCAAGAUCUAUGACGCAGCGAAGGCUGGAAUUUGCGAACCAAAACGGACACCCCGGUGUUGACCACCGAGGCCGCCCCAUCGAGGACCGCCGGACUGGGGCCCGGGGUCCCUCUUCCUCGCCGCGGCGCACGUUGAAGAAACAUACUGGCACAGACACACCCGACUGUCCGAAAGAGAUUUAUUCUUCAAGGAGUCCGACCCUAGCUCAAGUGUGGUUGGGUAAACGCAAGACUUCGUCCUCGCCUCCGGCCUCGCACAAGAGGGGCGCACCAGCCAGCGAAAUCAGGGGUAGUCCGACUCUCCCGUCAACCUUGAAAGCGAAAAGGCCUUCCAAGAAAGCGCGGCUGUCGCACGGUGACGAGGUGCAUGAGAGGGAUGAUGGCAAUUCUUACGUCGGUGAUCACCAGCUGUUCGAACUUGCCGUUCUAGACCUGAUCAAGGCUGAGAGCAUCAAAACGGAUCUUCUUCAGCCUGAUUUUUUUUCUGGCCCCUCGCUGAGAAAGCCUCCGACGGACCAAGAGAAUGUUUCUCAGGCCAACCAAACCACUGAUACGCCUCGGAUGAGUGUGGCCGAUCUUUACGAUCUGCGUGAUGAUGGCGAGCAACCGGUCGAGACCGUCGGUACUGAGAUGGUAGCCAGCACGGAGGCUGUGAUGUGUAAUGAGCGGGUUCCGGUGUCUACUCAAGAGGUAGCUGAGUUGGCCAUGGCGCUCGCUGGGCUGGAAAAUUCGACGGCCGUGGGGGAAGAAGAUGCGGCGACGGGCAACGCUGAACCCGAGACGGAUGUUGUUGUCUCCACCGAUGCCGCACGUCCGGCGAUGCUCACCACGGGAAGCUUCCAAUGGGAGCGGUCUUCCAUUGAACCAAUGGUGGAGGAUGCUGAAGUCGGUAUCAUGGCAGGACCUCCCAGCGAUCGCGUGUACCCAGUCAAGGGUCUCGAACGAGAGGCAGUCUCGACUAUGGAAACUGAGGAGCCGGACCAAGUUGUCGAUACCGGUCUCUUGCCCGACCAGUCUGCUGCCAAUGAGGCCAUUGAUACCAACGAAGCGAAAUCCCAAUCUCCUCAUUCCGCGAACAAAUCAGUCAUGGAGGUUGAGGAGACAGUUACAGCGGACGAGAAGUCACCGGCCACAUCGGACGAACCCCUGAAACUGGUUGCCGAGCCCGAAGUUGACGCAGAGAUGGCCGAACGUCAGGUUUCUCCGGUCACCGAGGUGCCGGCUGUUGCCGGUGAACAUGAUAUGUGGACGGCAUUCUUUCUCGGUUUCUUGCAAGCCACGACCUCCUCAACCUAG